AAUUACUAAUUUAAAAAUUAUAAUCAUAUCUAAAUACCCAUAUUUUAUAGUCGUACUUUCAGCUCAACAUAUUUAAUUUUUCUGAACUUUUAAUUAUGACCAAACAAGAAUUUACCCAGUGGAUUUGUGAAAAACUGUCGGCUAUUCUACAGUUUGAAGUACAAAACGACAUGGCUGAGUAUAUACUUUCCAUGCAAUCCGAACAAGAUCUAGAUGAAUAUUGUCGUUCAUUGUUGGACAUUAAAUCUCCAGUUCACAAACAGUUUUUAUUAGAUUUAAAAAAAAGAUAUAAACUUUUCAACCAAAAACCAACGUCUUCAGUUCUUAUUACACGUCUCCCUCAACAAAAUACAAAAACCCAAGAAAAUGAAGAAAAGAUAGACACAGAUAAAAAGCAGAAAAAAAAUGCAUCAAAAUCGAAAAACAAAAAGUAUGUCAACAUGUAUUCUGACGAAGGUCUUAAUCGCCAGGAAGUAUUCUUGAAAGGUCGUCAUAAAUGUAAUUGCCAAGCAUCUAAACACGGUUUAAUUAGUAACUGUUUAAGUUGUGGUCGAAUAGUAUGUAAACAAGAAGGAUCUGGUCCAUGUGUAGUAUGUGGUGAAUUGGUUUGUUCCAAUGAAGAGAAGCUCUUAUUGAAUUGUAAUAACAAUAAAUCUAAAGAGUUGUAUAAUCGAUUAAUCGAACAGUCAGUUAAUGUUAAUGCAGAUAAUAAAGCUCUUGAACAUCGAAAUAAACUUUUAGAGUUUGAUCGUACAAGUGCUAAACGUACAACUGUAAUAGAUGACCAAAUGGAUUAUUAUUCAGUUAAUAGUGGAUGGCUAUCAUCUAAGCAAAGAGAACAGAUGCAUCAGAAAGAAGAAGAACGCCAAGAGAAGAAACAUGGAUCGAGAAAAACUAAGAAAAUCACUAUUGACUUCGCUGGAAGGCAAGUUUAUGAAGAAGAUAAGGAAUCUGAUGACGAUAACAAUAUAAGUUCAAUUAAUGAUAGUGAAGAAACACAGCCCGUUAUAAUCAAUGAUCAUCUGAAUAAUCCUUUAAUUAAAAUGGAUUUAAAGUUUAACGAUGAUGCUAUAAAAAAAAUUAAAAAACAUAGUGUUUACUUUAACAAUCCACUUGGACAACAUGAUCAAGGAUUUAACCGAGUACAAGAUGCUGAACUAAUGCUAAUGACUGAUCCUGGUCUCUGUUUAAGCAUGCACCAGCCAUAUGCAUCUCUGUUGUUGCUCAACAUAAAAAAUAAUGAAGGCCGCACAUGGUUCACACCACACCGAGGAAGACUCUGGAUAGCGUCAACAGCUAAAAAACCCAGUCAAGAAGACAUUAAUGAAGUUGAAACAUUUUACAAACGUUUGAAAGGAGACAUAACAUUUCCAAAAAAAUAUCCAACUGGAUGUUUAAUGGGUUGUGUUAACAUAGUGGACUGUUUAUCCCAUGAAGAAUAUAUUGAACAAUUUCCUCAAGGAGAAAAUGAUAGUCCAUUUAUAUUUAUAUGUGAAAAUCCAAUUAUGAUGAGCAAUCAUUUUCCAAUUAAAGGGCAACAUAAGAUAUUUAUUUUCAUUUAUUUUUCAGUUAAAUUAGAUAAGAAAAUUCAUAAUGCAGCUCAAAAAUGUUUAAUGAAAGAAAUUAGUUAGAUUAGUUAUUUAAUGUUAUAAUAAUAAAAAUAUUGU